UACGCCACCUCUCGCGUCACAGCAAAGCGCCGGAAAUUGACAACGACUCAGCCACGAACUGGUUGCUGUUUUGAAGCGCGGAGUAAGAUCUUCUUACUUGGAACUAACAAUGGACAUCCAGAAGGACGUGCAACCCCCAAAACAGCAGCCAAUGAUAUAUAUCUGCGGAGAAUGUCACACAGAAAAUGAAAUAAAAUCCAGGGAUCCAAUCAGAUGCAGAGAAUGUGGAUACAGAAUAAUGUACAAGAAAAGGACUAAAAGAUUGGUGGUUUUUGAUGCUCGAUGAAACGUGAAUUCAGAGGAAUGUCUUCACUUAUGUUUGGAUUCACCAUUAAUGUUUCACGUUGUUGUAUAGCUUUUGGAAUAGCAUACUUCAUGAAUCCCACUAUAUACAUAUGAUUUCAUUUUACUUAGUUUUUAAAACCAUACUGUAUUUCGGUAUUUGUUAAUACCUUGUGCAAAUAAAUUAUUUUUCAUUCAAUUGUAUGACAUACAAUUUAAUUUUAUUGUACAUUAAAUCUGACACACAAUGAAGGUUAAAACUGCUUCCACAAACUUUUAAUCAAAACCUAGAAUUAUCUAGAACCUUGUUAAAAACGCAGGUUUCUGGAGUGGAUUCGACCUGCUGACCGUUUCGUUAGCAGCCAAGCUCUUAACCACUGCGCCACCAGGGUUCCUCUUUUGACUAGUGCUCUAUAAAUGUAAAAAUCAGAAAUCAGAAAUUUGAGCUUAAAAUUUGCAUAUAACUUGUCUCCUAAUAAAUUGCUUACCCAUGACUGUGGACCCACUGAUUAGAAAAAGCACUGAAUGAGGGUGGUUCAGAUUUAGUCUUAACCACUUAUUAACUCAUUAUCUGGGCAGUUCUCAUUGUUUUUUCUAACUUCCGUUUCACUGUCAAAGCAGAGGAAGUAUGAUGGUCAAUAUGUGGAGUUAACAGUCCUUGGAGACAACUUCAGAGAUUGAAAUUAUGAAAAAUUCAAAUAUAGCAGAUUAAAUCAGAAAUGAACAGCCCUAAGGAAGAAUAAAAUAGAGAUGGCUGAGGAGAUAAACAAGUUACCUCCUUUUCACAUACACAUAUACACACACAUGCCUACCCUUCGUAGAAUGAGUUUUACGUUGAAAAUUAGUCAAAGAGGAGUGGUUUUGAGCAGAGGGCUGAACGAUCCACCCAGCCACAGGAAAACAAGGGGAAGGAGCAUUCCUGAAAUAGAGGAAAGAAUGUAAGGGCUCUAGGGUGGAACAUGAGCUUGUCUUGUUACCACCUCAGAAUGAAGGCCAUGUGACUGGAACCUCAUGAAGGGAGAGUUGGAGGAGAUGAGGUUGCAGAGGUAGGCAAGGGUCCGCUCACUUAAGGCCUCAUGGUAGGAAGCCACUGGGGGGAGUAAGCGGGAGAAUUGGUUUAAGAUUUAAAAAUCACUCGGCUGUUAGGUGAGAAUGGACUGUGUAGGGACAGAAGUGGCAGCAGGGAAACCAGUUAGGAUUACUUCUAAUCCCUUGUAUGUGAGCCAUUUUCUUUCUGGAAACCUUGAGAAUUUUGUCGGUGUUCUAAAUUUUUACAAUAUGUGCCUUGGUGUGCAUCUGUUUUCUUCAACUGCUUUGGUCACUUGGUGGCACUUGCAAUCUGGAAACUCGAAGGCCUUCAAUUCUGGGAAAUUUUCUUGAAAUAAUUUCCUACUUUCAAUUUUCUCUUUUUAGAAUUUUUUUUUUUUUUUUUU